CCGCUCCGGGCUUACCGUCUCUGCGCGCGGCCCGCUCUGUGUUUUCUGUGGUCUCGUGGACGUGACAGCGCUUCCUCUCACUUCCUGCCUGGUUCUCUCCUUCCUCUUCCUCGGCUCUGGGGUUUCCCGGGGUGAUUUUCGCCUUCGCCUUUCCUCCGUGUAUUUUCUCACUUGACCUUUCAGAAAUGUUUCCUUCGCGUCACUUGCAGACCGGGUCCCCAGACACCAACCACACGAGGAGACUGCCAUGUGAGAGAGACUGCAGAGCUGACAGCGCCACAGAAGAGACAGGCGGCCAGUGCGGCGGGACAUGCGACCAGACUGUGACAGCAAUGAGCCUGGGUACAGCAGACAGGAUUCCUCGGAUGACAUUAAGAAAUUUCAAAGAAGAGAAAAGAAUCGCAUCGCAGCGCAAAAGAGUCGCCAGCGGCAGACACAGAAGGCGGACACGUUACAUGUGGAGAGUGAGGACCUGGAGCAGCUGAACGCAGCGCUGCGCAGGGAAAUCCGCUGUCUACGCGAGGAGCUCAAGUACCUGACGAGUGUCCUGAGCAGCCACCAGUCCUUGUGUCCCCUGGGGUCCCCGAAACCUGCGCCAUUUCCAGCACACGCUUCCCCCCGUUACUGACAGCUUGGCGUGGCGGUGGGUUUCCUUUUACCUCCGGUCCUGGUUCCUAAUAUAGAAGACAAGCAGCAGCUCUCCUACCACAUCAGCAUCAUGUUCUACGGGACCGCCAUCGCCGCAACCCUGCUCUUCG